CCGGAUCUCCCUGCGGCUCAGACGACGGAUGCAUGGUGCAUACUUCUCGCGCCCUCUUCCUCGUUGCCUUCACCAUCAAUUAUUACAGCGAUUUCUUUCACCUCUCAAGUCUGGACAAUCAUGGACCAUUACACUCUGGAUCGCAAGAGAUACUCUUACUAGGACACGAGAACACGCGAGACUCGGGAUUCCUACAGCAGUUGCCGCUGUCAUCGUCGGUUCGUAAUUUGCUGAUGCGAGCCACCUUCUUGGAACCCGUCGCCCACGCCCACGCCGAGCCGAGUGUUGUUCAUCACCCGCGACCAACCUAAACAUUUGCACACGUAUCCACCCUACACUGUCCCCUUCCUGCCGCUUUUGAAUUCUCGUCAUCUCUGGGUCCCCCGCGUGACCCCCCAAUCUCCACGCUGUUUAUUCGCUCAUCGCCUUUUAGCAUCAUCAUCAUCAUCAUCAUCAUCAUCCCUUCCCUUCUUACUGUCACUCUUCAGCUCCGUCUC